UUGAAGAGAUCUUUAUCGUUUUCUGUAUAUGUUAAAAAAAAAGGAAUGCAGCUGGAUAUUGAUUGGAAUGCGUUGGAACAGCAAAAAAGCUUUGGAUUCGAUUUGGCAGAUAUUGCUAUAACAUUCAGCAGUGAUAAUAAGAAAGCUUUUAUUGUGUCUCAUAGCGAUGUUAUUGGUAUUGAUAUCGAAAGAGGAUCGCGGCAACAGAUUUUUCGACAUUCCGAAUCAGUUGUAUUCACUUAUUUCGAAGAUACCGCAAAACUAAUAACAUACACAGCUAAUGGUUUACGGUAUGAAUGGAAUACCAAUUAUGGUGUCGAAUUGUGUAGAAAGGAUCUCAAUGUCAAAAAUCUUUUCUCUUGUUAUCAUUGCAAUAAUAGCGUUAUCGUUUUGGACAAAAAUGAUUUUCACGAGCUAAAAAUAAAACAAAUUUUGUUGAAUGAUUUUUCGGUAAAAGUUUUACUGAAGACUCCUCCACAUAAUAUUCGACGUUCACAAGUAGCAUUAGCUGAUGAUUAUUUAAUUGUUGCUGAUGGCCUGUACAUUAUUAAGUACUGUUACACUGGUGGAGUACAAAAAUUUAAAUUCACUGGCAAAAUAACAUUUAUGGAUCCAUCGCUAGUAGAAUUUGUAAAUGUAGUGGCAAAAAAUGGUCUAGUCGCCGCUGCUCUUUCAUUUGGACGUGUUUUUGUUUGGUUUGUUGUGCGCAAUAAAGAAAUCGGAACCUAUUUUCAGUCAAUACAUUGGCACAAAUCUGCUCCGUGUUUAGUUUUGACACCAUCUGGCUCUUUGGUUACUGGUGGCGGUGAAGGUGUUGUCAAUAAAUACAAAUUAUCGAAAACAAAAAGCGGCGAAAAAGCAUUAUUUUUGCCUCGACUGCAAGCACCAGUAUCCAAGUUAAGCAUCUCAAAUGAUGGGUCAAUUUUAGCUGUCGCUCUUGUCGACAAUUCUGUUCAUUUUGUUAUCUUAUCGACAAUGACUGUUCUAUCCUCUGCACCAACGAUUUUAUGUUCUCCACAAGGAUCACUUAUUCCGCUAACAAUAGAUCCUCUUUUCCCGGAAUAUUUGGUUUAUAGCGCACGACCUGGAGUUAUACAGUGGUUUGAUCCAACCACGCUGUUAACAGUUGCUGUGGCUGAUAUUUCAAUGCAAAAUCCUAUUGAUGGUUCAAAUCCAUCAUAUCCGGAACCUUUUGGAUUUAUUGACGUAUGUGCGAUUGCAUUAUCAAAAAAAAUGGUAGUAACUGCGGAAUGUUCUGUUAAUUUUCCUAUUCCUCAUAAUCGCAUUCAGUUUUGGCGGCGAAAAGAAGAAAUUGGUGCGCUUGCAUUAGAUUACUCGUAUACAUGUGGAAACAUUCAAAUAGUUAUUAUAAGAGGCAGUUUAGAUGAUGAUCUAUUUUUCAUUGCAGAUGCAAAAGGAUGCUUUUCUUAUUGGAAGAGAAUGGAUAAUGAACCAGCGAAAUGGUAUCAUGGUUCAAAAAUGCAUUGGAUGCAAGCAGAAAUUAUUUGCGCUUCACAAAUUUGCAAUUCUUUUAUAUCAUUAAUUCACAAAUUGAGUUGCGGUAACAGUGUUUUGGCAGUUUGGGAUGUAAUUCAUCAUCAGAGGAAAGCGAGACCAGUUUAUAUUUAUGAAGGCGAUUCUACUCUUGUUGCUUCAGAAUGGUGUGCUGCACCUAAUUCUCAUUUACUUUUAAUAGUUACUAAGGCAUUUAUAGCCACAAUGGAUUCAUAUUCUUUCGCUUUGAUCUGGGUUGUGAUUGAAGCCGAUCUUGACAUUGGGAUAACUUCUCACUUUUCCUUUAGUUCUUCGCCACAAGGAGAGCUUACUAUAUUUGAUGCGAAAUCAUCCAAAGUAUUUAAGCAGAUAAAGCUAAAUGGUUUGCCGAAAAAUGUUGUGGCUAUAUGUAAGGAUGAUGAUUUUAAAAUUGUCGCUGUAUUCGAAAAGGUUUAUAUUUAA